AUGAAGAAUCUAUUGCUAAUAUUAUUACUUUCCACCUUCAUCAAUUCUUGGCUUAGUGAAGCAUCCUCCGCACCUGAACCAGUGUUAGACAUAAAUGGCAAAAUCCUCCGAACACACACAACGUAUUACAUAGUGCCAACAAAUCGCGAAAAUGGCGGUCUCUCUGUAGAAACCAUCGGCAAUGAGACAUGUCAACUUGGCGUUGUAAAAGAAAAAUACGACAAAAAUGGUGCUAUUUUAGAAUUUAUCCCGGUGGAUAAAAAGAAAGGGAAGUAUUUUGUUAACGUUGGUGGAGUUGAUGGGAAUCCUGGUUCUAAAACAAUAUGGAAUUGGUUCAAAAUUGAGAAGUAUGGACAUGGUUACAAAUUUGUUUAUUGUCCUUCAGUGUGCACUUACUGCAAAGUCAUUUGCAAAGAUGUUGGAGUUUAUAUGAUCAAUGAACAAAAUCGUUUAGCACUCAACGAUGUUCCUCUCGUGUUCAACUUCAAAAGGGAAUUCAAUUCUUGA